AUGCAACGUUUUACUCCUAGAGAAAGUUCAAUUCACGAUAGUUCAGUUAUGACCAAUAUCACUGAUGAUACGAAAGAUAUUAGCGAUGUCAACGUGAAUGAUAUUGGUGAUUUUAAAGAAAAUGUUAUUGCAACUACCGGUGUGGCCAGCUGUAUCGUAUUUUCUAUACAUUUUAAGAACAAUCAAAGUGUUUUUCUAAUGCAUUUGUCCAGUGAAUUUUUAUCAGAUUACACGCGGAACAUUAACGACAAUAAUGAUCUAUUUCAACCGAUUCAAAAAUUGUUUGAAAACAUUGCAGUGGAAGCAUUCAUACGUGGAGAUGAAGUCAAGCAAGUUGCGAUCAUCGGAGGAAUUAGUGGUGACGAAAACGCGGUCAUUAUUCAAGAUAUAAUUCUUGAAUUAAUAAGAGAUCCUGGAAUUAUUGGCACAAAUAAUGAAAAUCUAAUUUGUUUUCUGAAGUUUGUGUUUAUGAGGCUCCCAAAAGUAUCUGCUGACGGAUACGAAGAUCGUGUCAAAAUACCAUCGUAA